AUGGCGGACCUAAAAUCGCCACCGUUUAGUGAUAUCAAAAGACCUGAAGAGGUCGUCAGGAUGACGACAAAUGAUAGCCUGAAAUUCGCAGUUCUUAUCGGACUGAUUGAAGUCGGGCAGGUUACCAACAGAGAGGUGGUGAACACGGUCCUGCAUCUGCUCAAAACCAGACAACUCUCAGAAGAACUAACGAAGAUCAUCUGCACCAUGUCCAUCAUUGGAAGAUCUACAUUGAUCCCUCCCCUUCCUUUAACUUUAGAAAUAACUUCGCCAAUACCCAAAAGUUGCGAACAAGUAAUUAGUCAAUGAUCUAAAAUUAGAAACACAGCCGAGAUCAAUAUUCCAUCCAAUUAAUAGUCGCUAAAUAAGAGGCCUCGUCGAGCGGAAGUAAUUCCAAGUCACUGCUGCUGGAUCGUACGGAACCAAUUGACUGUGAGCUUCUGCUGACUACCAACUAAUCACUGGCAUGUUUGAAUUACUGCUCUUGUAAAAGUCCUUUAGCGAAGACAAUUCUAAUAGCGAUUCUGCUUUGAAAGUUGAUCAUCAAACGCCAAGUUUUAGGAUAGUUAAAUUUGAAAAGUGAUUCUAAACUUGUAAUUUCUAAGAAAAUUUUGAUGCUUGACUUGAAAAUGUUAAAUGUAAUUUAUUUGUAUAAUAAGCCCCUACGUUUUUAUACAGUUGGGCUUCGUAAAACAAAAGUCGUUCGUGAAGCGAGAAAUAAAAUUUAGAACUGACCGCAGUGAAAUGUAUAAAGCAUCCAAAUUGCUUCGUUACUCGAGACGGGAGGAAAUUGAAAAAUUCU